GCCGAAGUAGAUCAGACGAAGAAGCUAUUAUGAUGGGUAAAGAAUAUAGAAAUUUUGUCUAUUCUUUGCUAUUAGAUAAUAAUAUAAAAGAUCUUUUGGCUUCUGACUUAAAAAUAAACUGGAUUUGUGACGAGUGGAGACAAUGUUUUAUUGAUGAUGGACGGGCACCACAUAUAUAUAAUCUGGCCAAUGCCAAACCAAUGACUACAAACAACCUUACUAAACAUUCAUUAGUUCAAAAUGAACUUGGUGAAACCUUAUUUAAUAUGGGUUUGGUAACAUAUUGGAAUAUGCGUACAAUCAAACAUAAGCAAUUUCCACGCAAAAAACUAAUUGAU